AUGGCGGAGCAGCGGGUGAAUCAAUACUUGACCACCAACAUGAAGAACAAUAUUGUGCAGCAUCUACUGAAGAACAGCCAAGGUGGUGUUCUUCGAAAAGGAGCAGUGUGUGAGGCAGCCGAAGCUUUUGGUGUCAAUAGGAAGACCAUUUCCAGACUUUGGAAGGCAGCCACAGAGAUGAUGGAGAAUGGAGAACCUGCACACAUGGUUGGAAAAGUUAAAGGAUACAAACGUGGAGAAAAGAAAAUAGUUAAUGAAGUAAAGGUUAGAUCACUCUCUGUCCUUGAAAGAUCCUCCUAUAGGGUUAUGGCACCAAAGCUUGGAUUUAGCAAAACUACAAUUUGUAGGUGGGUAAAGGAUAAACAACUUAGGCCCCAUACUAGUGCAGUUAAGCCACAUUUAACUGAUCUAAAUAAGUUGGCAAGACUGAAAUGGUGCCUCAGUCAGCUUCAUCCAAACAUUAUUGCAGGUAAGGUUGCAUUUAAUGAAAUGCGCAAUGUAGUUCACAUUGAUGAAAAGUGGUUCUACUUGACAAAAAGUGCGGAUAGGUAUUACCUAUUGCCGGAUGAAGAAGAGCCACAGAGAUCAUGCAGAUCAAAAGAUUCAUUACCAAAGUCAUGUUCUUGUGUGCUGUUAGCAGGCCACAUUUUAGCCUAA